GGUGGAGACUUCGGGAUAACUUCCUGCACAGUACUCUUAAGAAUCAUACCUCACAGUUUAACACCAGGCCGACAUUUAAACCAAGUCGAAUGGAUUAAUAGCGCAAAUAAACUCGCUAACAAGCACUUCACCAACACUAUUCCACGCACAAGGAUUUACUGCUAGCAUUCAGUCUGCUAGCUAACAUCAGCUAGGACGGCAGAUUGUACACAUCAGAUCAAGACGGUCUCCUAUCGAAGGACAGUAUGGUUGAGGUGGUGGUGGAGUAUGACUAUGAAGCCCUCCAUGAAGAUGAGUUGACCCUCAGGCUUGGAGACGUGAUCAGAAAUGUGCGACGAAUCGAUGAGGAUGGAUGGAUGGAAGGAGACCUCAAUGGGAAACGAGGCCUUUUCCCGGACAACUUUGUAAAGGUGAAAAAUGAGCCAAAGUCCAAAGAAGAGCCAAAGGAGGCUAAAGAAGUGAAGGAGGCAAAGGAUGAGACUCCAUUACAGCGGCGAACAUCAAAGAAUGUAGCAAGCCUGGUGCAGAGGAUCAGUACCUACGGCAUCCCGACCGGAGGACUCGGCUUACAACCCCAUUCUCAACCCCGUGCCUCAAAAAAGAAGGCCAAGAAGCGUCAGUGCAAAGCCCUGUUUGAAUAUGUGCCUCUGAAUGAAGACGAGCUGGAACUCAAGGUUGGAGAUAUCAUUGACAUCACUGAGGAGGUUGAGGAAGGCUGGUGGAGCGGAAGCAUGAAUGGGAAGUCUGGACUUUUUCCUUCCAAUUUUGUCAAAGAAAUUGACUCAAUUGAAGACACCGAGACCAGCGAUGUUACAGAGGAGCCAGAUGACACAGAGGGACUGUCUAGCCCCACUUCCCCUCACCCAGGCAACGGCGUCAUGGCCCAACCCAAGAAGAUUAUGGGCAUUGGCUUUGGCGACAUAUUCAAAGAGGGCUCUGUAAAACUGAGAGUCUCCCAAAGACCAGUAAACGAGGAGAAGAAAGAAAAACCAAUUCCAUCAUUACCAUCUGCCACAAAACCUACCCCUUUGAGCUCUCCUGAACCCCCUAAAGGAGAAAAAGAGGCAGAGAACAAAGGAAAAGUAAAAGAAUACUGCAAGGCCACUUUCUCCUAUGAAGCAACUAACCAAGAUGAGUUGGAUUUAAAGGAGGGUGACAUUAUCCACGUAUUGAGUAAGGACACAGGAGAGCCGGGCUGGUGGAGAGGAGAGAUCAAUGGCAGAGAAGGGGUUUUUCCAGACAACUUUGUUGCUCUGCUUCCUGAGACAGACAAAGAGACACUAACAUCCAAAGGCUCCUUUAAAGUGUCUCCUAAACAGGAAGCAGAGGAGAAGCCAAAGAAGCCCCCACCACCAUCCAAAACCACAGUCCUGAAACCUGAGGCCUCAAGUGUGGACAAGAAGCAACCGCAGACACGGCCUGAAGAUAAAGUUGUCAAGCCCUUGCCAGAGAAACCAGCCAAACCUGCUGGCCCCACCGUCCCCCCGAAAAAGCCUGUGCCUCCAAGCAAGGGACUGCUGCGUCCUUCCAUCCACACAAAACGACCUGACUUGCCUCUCACUCCAUCACCAGCCGCCAAGCAAGUGCACAAUGGAGAAGUUCCCCUCACACGAACAAAGUCAGAGACCGAACCUGUACCAAUCAAGCCAAAAUCCACUGUUGUGGACAGCGGCGAGAAGAAUUCAGAAGCGCCUAAUCUCAUGAGUUUUGAUGAAGUCUCCUCUACCUCGGAGAAGUUAACCCACCCUACUGCACAGCGACCAAAGAUGCCUGGGAGAAGACCGCCGGCUCACAGAGGCCAAUCGCCGAGCAAGGAGAUUGGUGAGAAAGCUGAGAAAAUGGAGGAAGUGGAUGAAAUUGACCCUGUGCCUUCCGCACAGAAUUCGCUGAAGACGUCCGUCUCAUCGCCCUUACCUUCUACAGCACCUAAAGCAAUUUCAUCCACCCAUUCAUCCACCCAUUUUACCCCUGAGCCCAGACCAAAACCUGACAAGGAAGAGGAGAAAGGGUCUGAACUAGAUGACCUGAAGGCUCAGAUGAAGGAGCUAAUGCUGUCUGUAGAGUUACUAAAGACACAACAGACGAGAGAUCUCAAUGAACUCCGAAAAGAGCUGGACGAUGAGCGACUCAAGCGGGUGGCCUUGCAGAUGGAGAUAGAUAAAGUGAAGAAGCUUGUACAAUCAACAUGAAAUCUGGCUCCCUGAACUGGACCGAUGGCCCCGUUGUCACGUCCCGAGUGGAAAGCGACCUCCAGAUGGAGGGACGAUAUCAUUCACGUCAUCAUUACACUCACUGACUUACUCCACAAAUUGUAAGAUUCACAUAUUUGCACAAGAGGUUUUUUUUCUAGGUUUGGAAAAGUGUAAUUAUGACAGAUGUAUAUGGUUGUUUUCCUCUCUUUUUUUUCUUUUUGCCAACAAAAAAUGAUCGAGGCCUUACUUUACUACUGUGCUGGAUAUGAAUUCUGGGCACUUUUUGAAAAAGUGCAGCAGAUUAUGCAUUUAAUACUACUGAGUCUGUAUACAUGUUGGGGGAUUAUCUUGUUUCCUUGGGUUUUUUUUUAUGACGGGCUAGUUUUUAAAGAAAACUAUCAUGAUCUCAGCAAUAUUCUGUCUAUAUUAGCCUCAUUAGAUGAUUAUCAAAUGUAUGGCGUACUAUUGGUUCCUUAGUGAUGAUGUAUUCUGUUGUUGUUUCAAAAGGGAGAAGAUUUCUGUUCGUUUUUUCUCUUAACAUUCCUAUCCAGGGUAACACUAUCGUGCCUGUUAAGAUUUUUACAAGUGUUAAUACUGGGAGCUCUCAUACAAUAUAAAUAUAUAUAAAUAUAUAUGUGUAUACUUAGAUCUACGGCAUGAUAUAUUUUUAUGGUCUACUGAUUGACUGGGAUUGUGUAGCUGUGUUUUGGUUUAAAACACCCAACAUAAGAAAAUGUGGCUUCGACAAGUGGUGCCAUUUCACCAAACAAAUGGCAGAUAUCCAUUUGGCAAUUUAGGCUUUGGUUUAAUGGCAGAGAAUACCGAUGGUUUUGUUCUGCAGUUACGCCCCCUUGCCAAAAAUCACGUUGAAAUUGGAAAGAUACAUUUGGCUUUUCUUUUUUUUUAGCAUAAACCUCUCUGACUGCUGUUUCUACAUGGAUGAUUGGCUAGUUAAAACGUCUGGCAUGAUGAAAUAUAGAUGUUGAGGAAUGAACACCUCAGGUUAUAGACUGGUGGUUGGCACAGAGUGGCUCUCUGAGGAGUAUUUUUUUGUGUUAACAGCUGUGCAGUUGAAGUAAGUACUGCUGACCAAAAUGGAUCUUUUAGUCAAUUGGUUCCGAUUGUAGAAUUACACGGUCAAUAAAACACUCUCAGGUACACUGGAGUGUGCCCAUUCCUCAGACCUCUUAACCCUUAAGCUGAUGAUACAUUUUUAAAAGCAUUCCUGAGCAGGGAUUGUUGGCUUGUCUCUGUGUGAGAGUGUGCGGGAGUUGCUGAUACAGUAGGAUGCCAGGUUGAUCUCUAAAGCAAUAAACAGACAAGUCUUUUUGGUUUCCAUUUCUUCAUGUUUAGUGUUCUGAUGCUCCAACUUUACAGGAUCUUCCAUGAAAGUACAUGGAAAAUUAGUCCUCUAUGUUGUCUGAAAUUGGGUAGAACACAUUCCAUUUUAUUAUUUUAUUUCUUAAGAUCUGUUGUGCGCAUACAACAUCUAUCAAAAUGAUCUUGUUUACAUGAUUUAAAACUGAAUUGCAUGAGCUGAGUUUUUUUUUUUUUUUUUCCAAACGAAAUAAAUAUCAUGUUUAUUUACUGAGAUUGUUGUGAUUAUUUAGUUGUUAAAGAUUUUUGUAUUUCUUUUUGGGGUCAGUAUAAAGGCGGGCGUACACGGUGCGAUUUAUUGCAGUUUAAUGACCUCACAGAUAAUUUUUUUCUAUCGGGAGAAAUCGCGUGGAAAUCGGUUGUGCUCACGUUACGGCUCGUGUCGUGUGCUAGGAAGAUACGAGCCGAGCCGAGAACCUCUCGACUUCACGAUAAUUUUUAAGCAUGUCUAAAAGUUUGGGAGCUGUCGGCUUGAAUUCGUGUGGUGUGUGCGGUUUAAGGAGCCGAUUUGUCUGUUUAUCUGAAUUUGACCAAUCAGGAGCUGAAGCAAUCCACAGAAGAAAGACGAAAAUGGCAGAUCCACAGCGAAUUUGGACUAUUGAAAGGGAAUCCUACCACUUUAUUAUGAUGAUUUUAGUAUCAUGAUGAUGAUUAAUAAAUGCAUGCACAAUUAUCAGUGAACUUGAUAAAUGGUGCAGAUAUGUUUUACUAUGCUCAAAAAAAUGCCUUUCAACUGAAUGAAUGUGCAGCAAUUUGUACAAAUAGAGUCUGUAUAUCUGUAACCAUAAUAAGCGCAUUUAGUUUCAUAUUUAUUAUGUUUGUUUGUUUUUCCCCAUCUAUGUUGAUUAUGAAAAGUAGCCUAGAUUAGGCUACGCAAUAUAUCGGGAGACAUGGCCAGACAUGAUUUUGACCUUCCUUACGUGUUGGUUUGUAGAAGUGAAUUUCUUUUUUGUAAAAAUUGUAUCUUUAUUUUAAUAAAAUUUUCAUCAACCAA